GGAAGGCCGCAGGGCCGAGGGGGGCGGGGCCGCAGCCGAUGCUUCCUCACAGUUUGCGAGGCUGCAGCUUUGCACUUGGUGUGGAGAGUUGGCUGAGAUGCAAGGCAAAGCAGAGAGCAAAACCAGCCAGGCAGGCCUGCUGAACCUGGAGCGGCUCAAGGCGCUGGACACCUGGCUCAACCAGAACAAUGUGAAGCUGACCCAGGUCAACGGCCAGAGGAAGUAUGGAGGACCACCUGAGGUUUGGGACGGCCCUCCCCCAGGAGACCGUUGUGAGGUCUUCAUCAGCCCGAUCCCGCGGGAUGCCUACGAGGACCUGCUGAUCCCUUUGUUCAGCUCCGUUGCGCCACUCUGGGAGUUUCGGCUCAUGAUGAACUUCAGUGGCCAGAACCGUGGUUUCGCCUACGCCAAAUAUGGCACACCAGCUCUCGCUGGCAACGCCAUCCGCUUGCUGAAUGGCUACAUGUUGGAGCCUGGUGCUCGCCUUAGCGUCUGUCGUAGCACUGAGAAACACCACCUCUGCAUUGGAGAGUUGCCGUUUACUACCAGGCAAGAGGACCUAAUGCAGGCACUGCAUGGCUUGACAGAGGGAGUGGAGGGAGUGUCCCUGAAGUCUGGGCCUGGCAUAGUGGGGAUGUCAGCUGUGGUCGCCUUCUCAUCUCACCACGCUGCGUCCAUGGCCAAAAAGAUGUUGGUGGAAGCUUUCAAGAAGAACUUCGCCUUGACCGUCUCCAUCAAGUGGCAGUCAUCGGUUAAGCCCAGCAAGGAGGGGCAGGCAUCUUCACAGAAACAUCCAAAGAGCAUUCUGCCAUGCCCCACUCAGCCCCCCCGCCGCCACUCGAAUACCCCUCAGCCUCGAGUUUUGCCCCCUCGCCUGGUACGGUCUCCUUCCAUCCCCCCAGGUUUCUGCAAAGCAGUGGGAGGGCCCACUACCACCCAGCCACCUCAUGCCCCCUGUCUCUCCUCUUCAGCCCAGGGGCCUCAGGUUGCCAUGGAGCCAAUGGCCCUGCUCCUCAAUUUGUGUGAGGUGUUUGGGGGUGGCCAGCCACUCUGUGAGCUUCACUACAGCCAUGCUGGACCAGAGGGAUACCUCUACUUCGGAUAUACGGUGAACGUACCCAAGUUGGCCACACCCUUCACUGGGCUGGUCACGGUACUGCCCGGACCCUGCAUGAUGACCAUGAUGGAGGAAGCUCGUCGGGCCAUGGCCCAGCAGGUCCUACAAGCCCUCCAAAAGAGCUAGCUAGCCCGCUCACAAGCCAACCAGAUAGCUACCUCAAUGUACUGAUGAUCAGUUACUGCUACCUCAGUGCACAAUGUUUCAGGAAUUACCAUUGUUUAUGUUUUGUCAUUGAAGAGAGACAUGUUUCAUGUGUAUGUUUGAUUUUCUGCAUGUUUUUAUUACUGUUUAUGGAAGACCUAUUUGUCUUGUUUGAAUUUAUGUAGUUUAUUUUAUGCAUACUUUUUAUGUAUUUUAGUGUUGGAUUGCGUUCUCAUUUUCAAUUAAAUGAGAUUUGAGGUGAAAAUGUGAUGGAGUUGUGAUUUCAGGAAGGUAGAGAAGUAUGAAAAGAGGAAUUACUUUUAUAAGGGUGACUCAAAGACAACUUUCAAAAAUCAGAGAGUUGAUAGCCUUUGUCAGACUUAGAAUGCCAGCACAUUUUAUUACUGGUGUAUGAUAUGUAAUGUCUGUGGGCCUUAUUCACAAAACCUCUUUAAAUGAGUUAAAUCAAGAUUGUCUUUAGAUUGUAACCACACAGAAUUCAUGAAACUCCUGGUGUGUCUAGUCAU